AUGACGACAAAAGUGAAAGCUGCUGCAUAUCGUCUGGCAGGUGGCUCGAAAACCGUGUAUGGUGCCGAAUAUGAAGAAAAAGUUUCUACUUUUAAUAGCUUUAAAAAACAAGUCGACAAAAUGGUUACAGUAGUGACAAAUCUUGUUACGGACACAUUCGUGACAGAGAUAAAGCAAAAGAUUGUAAGAGAUAGUGCCGAUAGCUCUAUGAAUAAAUUCGAGAAACUUGGCCAAGCUCUCUAUAAGUAUAGCCUUCAAAUUGAUGAUCGAUCGUGUGCAGGAGUUUUACAAACAGCCAAAAAUGUAUUAGACAAAGCCGGUCAAGAGCAUCGCUCAUUCAGGACAGAUAUCAUAGAAAGAGUUCAGAAGCCGAUGAAAGAAUGGAUUGAUGUAAAUGCUAAAAAUGUAUCUAAAGAACUGAAAGCAGUAGACAAUAGGCGAGAUGAAUUAGACUGUGCUGUCAAUAAACUUCGAAAAAAGGCGGAUGAUCCAGAAGUCAAAGCCAGAAAGGAGCAAGCCGAAAAUGCAUUUAACGAAGAACUUGAGAGAGCUGAUAAAUUAUUAGAUGACGAGAUCAAACAAUCUCAGUCAGUAGUUUCAUCUGCAAUGAUAGCAUAUAUGGAAGUAGUUGAAGGUUACAAUGGACGAAUGAAAAAUAUUUUCAAGGUGCCUUCAUUUAACGCCUGA